GUGCGGAUGUGACAUUUCAUAGAGGACCGCGGCCGCCAUUUUGAGUUUUAGGUCCUCGCUGCACAUCAGGAACCGAACCAAACGGAGCGGUGUGUGAGAAAGAGGGUGAGGGAGACAGGGAAAGCCGCUCUUUCCUGUAACCGGGCUAAUAUUUAAAUAAUAACAGAAUAAAAAGUGACCGGAGGAAGCGUUUGACGCAGAGGAGCCGUUAGCGGUCGGUCCUGUGUGCGCUGUGCAACCCCUUUUUGUCGUUGUGGACUGUUCUGAAUGAGUGCGGGUUCACGGUAACGAUCCAGUUUGAAUGGAUUGCAUGUUUCUUCGCUCCCCCCUACGCCAGGGACAACCGGAGGGGCACACGGACUGGAAAUACGCCGAAGGAAGUUAGAACAUUUUCACCCCCACCUCAGAGACUGUUUCUGCUCUAGUAACGUUUAUGCUAGCUCGCGCUGACUAGCAUCUCCGCUAAGCUAGCAGUGUUUGGUUUUUCCGUAGAAACGCUUUCGUUCCGAAUUUGGGCCUUGUUUUUGUUAUUGUGAUCAUUCAAAAUAUUAUUGUUAUAAUUUUUUUUUUGGAGAGAUUUAAGGUCGCAAUUCAUUUACUCGGAAAAAAAAAAAGAAUAACCAAAAGGCGCCGAGAUUGGGCGAAUAGCGAGCAAGUACGUCCGCGUUUCUCUGCCUGCGCCCCCGCCGGCCUCUCUCGCUCAAUCACCGGCGCCGACCUCAGGAAAGGCCGUGGUCGCGUCAGCGCAGGCCCGGCCCGACUCGCGCGGCCCCGACGUGCGCCCUCAUUUUCCGUCUACCCGGAGCCCUUCCGCAACGGAACUCGAACCUGACAAGGGCGAGGGAAACCGAGACGAUCACGACGAAGACGACAUCAACCACCACGACCGCGACACCGCAACCAUGAACCAUCACCAGAGCCAGCAGCAGCAACAGAAAGCCGGCGAGCAGCAGCUUAGCGAGCCCGAGGAUAUGGAAAUGGAAGCUGGGGACACGGAUGAUCCCCCAAGAAUCCCUCCAAAUCCAGUCAUCAACGGGAAUGUUGCAAUGACAGACGGACACAACACAGAAGAAGACAUGGAGGACGAUACGAGCUGGCGUUCCGAGGCCACCUUCCGCUUCGUGGUGGAGCGUUUCAGCCGGCUGAGCGAGUCGGUGCUCAGCCCGUCGUGCUUUGUGAGGAACCUGCCGUGGAAGAUCAUGGUCAUGCCUCGCUUUUACCCGGACCGGCCUCACCAGAAGAGCGUCGGCUUCUUCCUGCAGUGCAACGCCGAGUCCGACUCCACGUCAUGGUCGUGUCAUGCUCAAGCAAUGCUGAAGAUCAUCAACUACAAGGACGACGAGAAGUCGUUCAGCCGGCGCAUCAGCCACUUGUUCUUCCACAAAGAAAACGACUGGGGUUUCUCCAACUUCAUGUCAUGGAGCGACGUUACUGACCCGGAGAGAGGCUUUGUGGAAGAUGAUAAGGUCACGUUCGAGGUUUCUGUCCAGGCCGAUGCUCCUCAUGGUGUAGCAUGGGAUUCAAAGAAGCAUACAGGAUAUGUAGGAUUAAAGAACCAAGGAGCCACAUGCUACAUGAACAGUCUGCUGCAAACGCUGUUCUUCACCAACCAGCUCAGACGGGCGGUCUACAUGAUGCCCACAGAGGGUGACGACUCCUCCAAAAGCGUUCCCCUGGCACUGCAGAGGGUCUUCUACGAGCUCCAGCACAGCGAUAAACCUGUCGGCACAAAGAAACUGACCAAGUCUUUCGGGUGGGAGACGUUGGACAGUUUUAUGCAGCACGAUGUCCAGGAGCUGUGCAGGGUGCUCCUGGACAACGUUGAGAACAAGAUGAAGGGCACGUGCGUGGAAGGAACCAUCCCGAAGCUCUUCAGAGGAAAGAUGGUGUCGUACAUCCAGUGUAAGCACGUGGAUUAUAGAUCUGAGCGAAUAGAGGAUUACUACGACAUCCAGCUCAGCAUAAAGGGAAAGAAAAACAUUUUUGAGUCAUUUAAAGACUACGUGGCAGUGGAGCAACUCGACGGGGAUAACAAGUACGAUGCGGGGGAGCAUGGCCUACAGGAAGCUGAGAAGGGAGUGAAAUUCCUCACUUUUCCUCCCAUCCUGCACUUACAGCUGAUGAGGUUUAUGUACGACCCGCAAACAGACCAAAAUAUAAAAAUAAACGACAGGUUCGAAUUUCCCGACCAGUUACCUCUGGACGAGUUCCUCCAGAAGCCGGAUGUCAAGGACCCAGCCAACUACAUCCUCCAUGCCGUGUUGGUGCACAGCGGAGACAACCACGGCGGUCACUACGUCGUCUAUCUCAACCCCAAAGGAGACGGCAAAGUGAGUGUCACGGAGCCAAUAUGGUGCAAGUUCGACGACGAUGUCGUUUCCCGAUGCACUAAAGAAGAGGCCAUCGAGCACAACUACGGCGGCCAUGACGACGACCUCUCCGUGCGCCACUGCACCAACGCCUACAUGCUGGUCUACAUCAGAGAGUCGAAGCUCAGUGAGGUUCUGCAGCCGGUUACAGACAUAGACAUCCCUCAGCAGCUGGUGGAGAGACUGCAGGAGGAGAAGCGUGUAGAGGCACAGAAACGGAAGGAGCGUCAGGAAGCUCAUCUCUACAUGCAAGUGCAGAUGGUGACCGAGGACCAAUUUUGCGGCCACCAGGGCAACGACAUGUACGACGAAGAGAAAGUCAAGUACACAGUGUUCAAAGUGCUGAAAAGCUCCACCCUGGCAGAGUUUGUGCAGAACCUCUCUCAGACCAUGGGUUUCCCACAGGACCAGAUGCGGCUGUGGCCCAUGCAGGCCAGGAGCAAUGGCACCAAGAGGCCGGCCAUGUUGGACUACGAGGCAGACUGCAACAAGUCUAUGAUUGACUUGAGUGAUAACGAGAAUCCCUGGACAAUAUUUUUGGAAACGGUAGAUCCAGAAAUGGCAUCCAGCGGUGCGACGUUGCCCAAGUUCGACAAAGACCAUGAUGUCAUGUUGUUCUUGAAGAUGUACGACCCAAAAACCAGAAGCUUAAAUUAUUGUGGACAUAUCUACACACCUAUAUCCUGUAAAAUACGAGACUUGCUGCCUGUCAUGUGUGAAAGAGCAGGGUUUCAGCAGGGAACUAGUCUUCUCCUCUAUGAGGAAGUUAAACCGAAUUUAACAGAGCGGAUACAGGACUUUGAUGUCUCCUUGGAUAAAGCUCUGGACGAGCUCAUGGACGGAGACAUAAUCGUGUUCCAGAAGGACGACCCAGACAACGAGACCAGCGAGCUGCCAACGGCAAAAGACUACUUUAGAGACUUGUACCACCGCGUCGACGUCAUUUUCUGCGACAAAACCAUCCACAACGACCCGGGCUUCGUCGUUACACUAUCCAACAGAAUGAACUACUUCCAGGUGGCGAAGACUGUUGCACAGAGGUUAAACACUGACCCCAUGCUACUACAGUUCUUCAAGUCACAGGGGUAUAGAGACGGCCCGGGAAACCCACUCAGGCACAACUACGAAGGAACUCUCCGAGACCUGCUGCAGUUCUUCAAACCACGGCAGCCCAAGAAGCUCUACUAUCAACAGCUCAAGAUGAAGAUCACCGACUUUGAAAACCGGAGGAGUUUCAAAUCCAUAUGGCUCAACAGUCAGUUUCGGGAGGAGGAGAUCACACUAUACCCAGACAAGCAUGGCUGUGUUCGAGACCUUCUCGAGGAAUGUAAAAAGGCAGUGGAGCUCUCAGACAAAGGAUCAGAGAAGCUCAGGCUGUUAGAAAUCGUAAGCUACAAAAUUAUUGGGGUUCACCAGGAGGACGAACUGCUAGAAUGUCUAUCUCCCGCGGCCAGUCGGACGUUCAGAAUAGAGGAAAUCCCUCUGGACCAGGUCGACCUGGAUAAGGAGAACGAGAUGCUGAUUCCAGUUGCACAUUUCCACAAGGAGGUCUUCGGGACUUUCGGAAUUCCGUUCUUGCUCAAGAUUCGUCAGGCCGAGCCUUUCAGAGAGGUGAUGAAGAGGAUCCAGAGCAUGCUGGAUAUCCAGGAGAAAGAGUUUGAAAAGUUUAAGUUUGCGAUCGUGAUGAUGGGCCGGCACCAGUACAUCAACGAGGACGACUACGAAGUGAACCUGAAGGACUUCGAGCCACAGCCGGGAAACAUGUCCCACCCGAGACCUUGGUUAGGGCUCGACCACUUCAACAAAGCGCCGAAGCGAGGCCGCUACACGUACCUGGAGAAGGCUAUCAAGAUCCACAACUGACGCGCUGUCUCUCUCUUCGCCCUAACCAACCCUAAUUAAAGACUCUAACCAGAA